CUGUGACUUUUAUUUGCCGCCUUGUUCACCUAGCAAUUACACACUACAGUCUACACUCUACAGAUAAGAUUUGAAACAACUUUAGUAGUAUGUGCACCCACUUAUAUUUGGGUAACGCUGUAUAUUGAUUGAACAACAAUUAACCCAACAAAAAGAUUCUUCUCACUUCACUUCAAUCUUCCCCCAUACAUCUAUAAGAUACUUCACAAACAUAUACAUAUUGUUGCUGUGUCUUUGCUGUCUGUGAUGUGUUUGUUCGAAUGCUUCAAACAACUUCAAGUUACAUCAAAUUAUGUUUAUAUUUUCUAGGAUUGGUCUUUAGCUGUUUGCUGCGUUAUUAUGCUUGUGUUAUCCUCUUGAUCACUUUCUAUGCACUGACAUUUCCGAAUUUGAGUGCGGUGUGCAGCUAGUUUUCUAUUUGUAAUCAAGCAAUUAUUACAUGGAAGUUCGAAACUUAGCCUUAAGAAUUUAAUAUUAUCUUUAGUGUUGAGUUUCGUGAGAUAGAGUGAUUGACAAUUGAGUUGUGUUGAAAAGUGUUUUUGUUCUUCUGCCUUGUGAUUGAGUGGCGAAAUAUGAAGGCAUUGUUCUCGUUUUCACUUUUGGCAUUUCAUUUUGCCGUUCUUUUGUCCCUUUAUUGUGCUGAAAUGCCAGUUCAGGCUUCCUGUAAAACUUUUUUUCAGUGUCUGACAAAUCGUUCAGAUCACUUAACUCCAAUAUCACAAGUGUUGUUCACCCCAGAGAGUGCUUCCUACACAUCCAUUUUGCAGCUUGGGUUGAGAAAUCUUCGAUUUACAUCACCCGAGUUCCUUAGACCUCAAGUGAUUGUUACACCAGUCCAUGAGUCCCAAAUUCAAUCAGUCAUCUACUGUGCUAGAAAACAUAGUAUGCAUAUCAGGAUUCGUUGUGGAGGUCAUGACUUUGAGGGUCUUUCUUAUACGGCUCGUGUCCCUUUUGUGAUGAUUGACAUGAUAAAUCUUCAGUCGGUCAUUGUUGACCUGGAAAACAACACUGCGUGGGUUGAAGGUGGUGCAAACAUUGGGGAAGCUUAUUAUAGAAUUGCUGAAAAGAGUAGCAACCUUGGCUUUCCAGGAGGUGUGCGAGGCACAGUUGGCGUCACUGGACUAAUCAGUGGUGGAGGAUAUGGGGCUAUGGUUAGGAAGUAUGGUCUUGCUGCUGACAACGUAAUUGAUGUCCGGAUGAUUAAUGCAAAUGGUGAAAUUCUGGAUAGAAAUUCGAUGGGGGAAGAUCUUUUUUGGGCUAUUAGAGGAGGUAUAGCUUCUAGUUUUGGUAUCAUAGUUGCGUGGAAGUUGAAGCUAGUUGCUGUGCCAGAGAAUGUUACUAUCUUUUCUGUUGCAAGGACCUUAGAGCAAGGUGCUACUGAUCUUGUUCAUCAGUGGCAAUAUGUUGCCCCCAAAGUUGACAGAGAUUUAUAUAUAAGAAUUCAAAUAAAAGCAGUAAAUUUAAAUGUAGACGGGUCAGAGAAAACUAUAAUUGUUUAUUUUGAGUCCUUGUUCCUUGGAGGGGCUGAUAAGCUACUUUCUAUAAUGCAAACCAGCUUCCCAGAAUUGGGCUUGGUGAAAGAUGAUUGCAGAGAAGUCAGUUGGCUAAAAUCUGCUCUUUGGUUUGCUGGAAAUUCUGCUUUUCGGUUCGGUGAAUCAGUUGAACUUUUACUGAAUCGAAGUUUGAUACCUUAUCUACAUUACAAAGCAAAAUCUGACUAUGUUCAAGAACCAAUAUCUAAAGAGGGGUUUCAAAUGAUAUGGAAGAAAUAUUUUGAGAUCGAGGCAGGUGCAGCUAAUAUAUUAAUGACACCUUAUGGAGGAAAAAUGGAUGAAUUUUUAGCGUCUGAGCUUCCAUUUCCACACAGAGCUGGAAACUUGUACAUGAUGUACAGUGGGGUGUCUUGGCAGGCAAACACGAGCAGAGAUGAGCAGUUGAAGAGGUUGAAUUGGCUCAAAAGCCUAUACACCGACCUAGCUCCUUUUGUUUCAAAGAACCCAAGGGCUGCGUAUAUAAACUACAAUGAUCUUGACUUGGGGAUUGAAAGCUUAACUUACGAGGAAGCAAGCAAAUGGGGUUUUAAAUACUUUGGAAACAAUUUCGAGCGAUUGGUUAGAGUAAAGACUCUGGUUGAUCCUGAUAAUUUCUUCAGGCAUGAACAGAGCAUUCCUGCUUUUCCUUCUUCAUCAAAAGAUGAACUGUAAGGUGUGCAUAUAUCUAUGUAACUUACAUGUAUUGACCUUCAUUUGUUCUUUCUCUGCCCCUCCCUUCUUCCUCCCUCCGUGUAUGUUGUGCAUUCAGCAAUGUCUAUUUAUAAUUAUACCCCGUUGAGUUGUGGGUAUUUGAUAAAUUAUUGAAGUACUUAAAUCAAAAGAUCUUCAAUGAAGUAACUAAAGUUUUUUGAAAUCUCUGUUUUUCGGAGUUGUUACUGGAAUUGUUUCACAAGUAAUUAUAUGCAG